AUGCCUCAAGUAAUCCUAAUUAUUUGCUUGAUAUGUUUUUGCACCCAGGUCGUCAAUGCAGUUUUUUCAACAACUCCACAAUGUCUUGGUCUACCAGCAGACCUGACAACCAACGCUGUCACGACACCUCAGUGGUGGUUCCUAUUUUCAAAGCAAUCAGAUGAUAACACAAAUGGUGGAGGAUUCAUUUAUAUGGAUUCUUUUGGUACACUUCAUGAUGUACCCGUUACACCAAGUCCCCAACUCAGUAUCAAAAUAUUUUGGGAGAGACAUAUAAAUAGAGCAUACGCAAACAAUGAAGAUGUCUAUGAGCAGUGCGUCACGGGAGGCAAUCAACAAACAAAUGCUGAUGGAUUGAUUAAUACCGACGAGCAAGCUUGCCAAAACAAUGUACGCAUAGAAGCACAAGCAUGGUACCAUGAUAUAUUGGGUAGAGGUGGACCAACUCAAACCGCCGAAGAUAGUGACCACGAUGAUAUUAAUGACCAAGAGGAAACCACAGGCUUUAGACACGCACAUGCAAAGUAUGUUUCACUACCAAUUGAAUUUCUUCAAAAACCAUUAUUAACCUACUUAUUAUUCUAUUCAAACGUUAUAUCAGCUCAAUUUCAAGAACUAAUGACUAUAAUUGGGAGGGGAAAUCCAAGACUAACUAGAACAAACUUUAUCGACGAAGCAGGGAACACUCUUCUACCUGGUCACCAAUACAAUAUUCAAGCUAGAAUUGCGGCAGCAGCUGGAGAGGAGAAUCAGAAAAAUGUUCGAAAUACCCAAUGCACAGGUUAUUACGCGGAAUUUGUGGGAGGUAAUGUCGACAUUGAUGGUGAUGGUGAUGAUGAUGUUGUUGCACUAGACAUUGAACAAGGAGCAACCCAAAGGGAAAGACAAGCCACUUUUAUUCGUAAUCCAGUGUUGGCUAAUUUCCCCCCAAAUACAUGUAUUUCUACCAUGAUACUAGCCCCCGGAAUGACUAUUUAUGGUUUUGAUAUUAGGGCAAAACCAGGCGAACUUUUUAACCCAGGCUUGGAUACUCACAGGGCUGCUAUGCUUGACAGCGAUAUUAGAAAGGAUUUUGGGGAGAUGUUAUCAGUUGUUGAACUUGGAAUAGAUCCAUUCACAUACAUUGCAAUGAACAAUCCUGGUAUUUACUAUGUCUCAACCUAUUCACAACCUCGUCGUGUUGAUGUUCCAUCUAUUUAUAUGUCUGAUAGGAAUUGGGGAAUCUUUAGCCUCAGAGGUUGGGAGUAUGAUGGUGAAAUUCGUCAACACAGACACGAGAAGUUAUCGUUCUCACAAUCAAAUGGACGCGUUUGUAUUGGUGAUGCAAAUAGAAAUUUGGUUCAUACUCUUUAUGCUGGAAUUUAUAUCUGUUUUGAUAGCCAAGCACUGGCAGAUAAGCUUUAUCUGAUGAUGGAAAGGGUGGAUGUAUCGAAUAGUUAUAUUUUCGAUUUAGAAGGAAAUCUCUUGCUUCCUGAUACCAAUGAAAUUCAAGAUGUUUUACCAGAAACACUACCAGUUUUCGUUAAUAGGAUCAAUACCGCAGAAAGAUCAUUGCCAUCUCUGAUGUACCCACUGGCUGAAAAAAAAACCCCCAAAGUCGGUUCUAAACGCAAAAAAGAUAGUGGAAUUCCUACCCCUAAUCCUAAAUCUACAAAAAAACCUAAAACGAUUACAAAAAAAGAUACCACUCAAACUUUAGCCCCUCAUACUCAAACCGGAUCUAAACCCUUUACAAGAAGCGCGGCCAAGAAAGCAGGCAUCACUGCAGAUAUCUAUAUAGAUGACCGUAGUAAUGAUGGUGCUGUUUUGGAUAAUGGCUAUGAUGUUAUCGAUGAAGAGAUAAAUGUCUUUAAUUAA